GUCGCCUUAGGCGCGCCACAGUUCAACUACACCUCACCUCAAGGGCGCUUCAACUCUCACACUUCACCGCAGUCGCACCGUUGCACACCUCGCUUUCGCGGCUGUGAAGUUCCGUAUCUCCUUGUUCUCCUUUUCACCUCCAAGUAUAGUGCGUCUCCUCCCUCCCUGCCAGUAGAGCACCGUCAAAGAUGCCCUCCCUCCCGUUCUCAGACCGCAUCUCCUCCGCGGCGAACAUGCAAGGCCGCAACGACAACGGCGAAGAGGAAUCCCUCCUCGGACGGGGCCAGCAAAAGGUGCGGCGUUUCUGGGAUGGCUUCAUCGACUUUGCCCUGCAGGGCAACAUUCUCGAGAUCGCCUUUGGUUUGAUUAUCGCGGCCGCCUUCACGACCCUCGUCAACAACUUUGUGCAGAACAUCAUCAUGCCGCCCAUCUCCGUCAUCUUCCCACUCAACCGCAACAUGGAAGAAAAGUUCGCCGUCCUAAAGGGCGGCCCGAACUACACCCACGACAACAAGUACACGACCCUCGAACGCGCCAAGGAUGAUGGUGCCGUCGUCUUAGCUUACGGCUCAUUCCUCAACCAACUCGUCUCUUUCCUCUGCGUCGGCAUCUCGCUCUACGGACUGGCCCACGUCUUCCAGUUCUUCUCCCGGGAGCCGAUUAUUAAGCAUACCGUUAAGUGCAAGUACUGCCGCAAGCGGAUAAGCAAUAAGGCGCAACGCUGCGUCAACUGCACCAGCUGGCAGGACGGGCGCGAGGACCGGGCUCAUCAGUAAUGAGGUUAUCCUCUAGUUUCUUGUCCAAUGAAGGGGGAGAUUGUGCGCGAGAGUGUGUUUUUUUCCCCCUUCUCAAGCUGGUUUUCAAGCAUGUUAGGAGCGGGGUUAGCAAGACAGCAUCGUGAAAGUCGGGUAUGGGGUGUCGUUGUAUCCAUGAGCAUUAUUCAGCAUAGCAGGGUUGGAGUUGACAGAGUUCGGUGUUGUUUCGUGGUUUAUGAGUAUUCAAAGCAUCAUCAUCGAACGCAAGUACAUUUUUCU